AUGCAGAUAGAUACUCCUGAGACAGACACGCAACAAGACCACUCGAAUCAACUACCCACUGCAGCCACAGCAGACACAGAGAAAACAGAGAACAAAGCAAGUACCACGGAACAAGCACACUCACACGACCCACAUUCACUCACGAAUACCACGGAUCAAGCACACUCACACGACCCACACACACUCACGAAUUCCACGGAUCAAGCACACUCACACGACCCACACUCACUCACGAGUACCACGGAACAAGUACACUCACACGACCCACACUCACUCACGAAUACCACGGAACAAGCACACUCACACGACCCACACACACUCACGAAUGCAGAGACCUCACAACUGCCAGUGCACAAGACACCUGAGAUGCCGUUGCCAGCAGAGGACACACAAUUGGUGGCUGAGAUAGAGGUGGUGAAUGAUGUGGAGAAGGAAUUGGUUGCGCUGGUGGAGCACAACGACCCGCACUGCAGGUGA